CUGAAAGUGGCUCUGGAGCCCAGUUGGAAGGGUGCUAGGCCCUCACAGAGGAAGAGCUAUUCAGUCAUGGGGAAGACCAAUGAGAAAGCCUGGAAGUGGAAGAUGGAGGGAUGUGAGUGAGGAACAGGGAGAGGGGUCAGCUGGCUGGGUGGGGCUGCCCCAGCCUGCGAGCACUAGCCAGGGAGGGUGGCUGAGGAGCUCCUGGGAGUCUGCCCUCUGGGUCCCUGGCACUAAGGAGCUCACUCUCCCCUGGCUGCCCCUGUGCCUUUUCCCAGGCUCAGCCCACAUCAAACCAGAGGAGGCUGGGGAGAUACUGGAGGUGGGAGAGAACUUGGAGCAGCUGGGCACCAUCUCUCCCCACCCCAGGAACUCAGAAGGAAAUUGGAACUGAAGAAAGCUUUGGAGAUGAAGCUGCAUGGAGGAACUCUGAAUAACUGGCUGGGUCAGUGACACCCAAGCACGAUCCCUGCAACAGUAUGGGCAGUGCCCCAGAGGCGGGCACCUUGAUUAAAAAGGUGGUGACGCCCAGCUCAGCCAGUGCCAGGAAGGGGCACAGCUCCAGCCUCCUGAAAAGAACAAAAAGUCCCCAGUCUGGUGUGGGGGUGGGGGAACCCAAGGUAAGGUCCCUCAGGUCAGUCUCCUCUGCAUUAGUCAAAGAGUAUCUGAUGAACUACAAAACUCUACAAGAUGUCAUUUUGUCCUCACGAAGGACCCCGAUUUACAGAUGAGGAAACUGAGGCAGGGAGCGCUGGGCCACGAAGAGAUGCAGACAGGAGACAUUUCGAGGAGGCUGUUGCCCACCCCGCCCAGGGACCUGCUCGACCCCAGAGGGGUCCAUUUCAGCUCUGAGUCUUGUCAGUUACUUGGCUUGGGGCCUGGCAUGCAGUAGGCGCUUAAUAAGUGCCUGUUGCCUAGAAUUCAGGUCCAAUCCUCCCCCUUCCCGAGGUCUUCCACUGGCUUCAGGGGCCAUCCUUUUCCAUCUGUGGAGUAGCUCAUUCUGCGCUUUCCCGAAGAACAAGGAGUUUUAGGACGGUCCCCGCACUAUCUCCAGUUGGGAGGAAGAGUCGGAGAACCUCGCACACGUCCAUGCGCAUGCGCACAAAAGGCACCACCCGUCGGAGUCUGGACCGGAGGGGAGGGGACAGCGUGGAGGGGGAGGCCUGUGGCCGGGCCGAGGCGCCGGGGUCCGUUGGGCUCCGGCUCCCUCGGGGAUGUCCCGCAAGGCUAAGGAUGACUUCCGGCGGCUGUACACUGUGUCGGACACGCGGAUCCACCCUAAAGGAUACACGGAGUACAAAGUCACCGCGCAGUUCAUCUCAAAGACAAACCAAGAAGAUGUCCAGGAGGUGGUCAUCUGGAAACGUUACAGUGACUUCCGCCGCCUACAUGGGGAUCUGGCCUAUACCCACCGCAAUCUGUUCCGUCGCCUGGAGGAAUUUCCAGCCUUUCCCAGGGCCCAGGUCUUUGGCCGCUUCGAGGCCUCGGUGAUCGAGGAGCGGCGGAAGGCAGCGGAGGACAUGCUUCGCUUCACUGUCAACAUUCCUGCCCUGAACAACAGCCCUCAGCUCAAGGAAUUCUUCCGAGGUGGGGACGUGACCCGACCCUUAGAGCCCAGUGACCUGCAUGUCCUGCCGCCUCCCCUGGUCCCCACACCACCCCCAGAAGAACCCCGACUCCCCCAGCCUCUCCCGGCAGAGCGCCUGGGCCUGGAAGAGACUGAGGAUGAAAAUGAGAAGCCAGGGGACCAGCCUCCCUCCAGCCCUGCCCAAGAGGCCCUCGACCUACUGUUUGACUGUGGGGCUCCCGAGGAGGACACGGCCCCCCAGGCCCAAGGACCACUCACUGAGGCGGAGCUGGCCCUCUUCGACCCAUUCUCCAAAGAAGGGGCGGGACCCAGCCCCACCCACAUAGCUGACCUGGCAGCCCUGGGGGCAGAGCCCCAGACCAGGGGGCAGACGUCCUGGGAGCCAGGGGGGGGUGAAGAGGAGGAGGAGGAGGAAGAGGGCCCCCGCCCAGCCUACCUGGAUCGAGCUACAGAACUCAUCACCCAAGCCCUGAAGGACGAGCAAGCGGGCGCCUAUGCCUCAGCCCUGCAGGGAUACCGGGACGGAGUGGAUGUCCUCCUCCAGGGGGUGCCGGGUGACCCCAACAGUGCUCGCCAAGAAGGGGUGAAGAGGAAGGUGGCGGAGUACCUGCGGCGGGCUGAGGAGAUCCUGCGUCUCCACCUCCAGCCGUGACCAGCCUGCCUCCCCGGGGUGUCCUGAGGGACAGGCCGGUGGGUGGGGCGUGGACAUGGCCAGGGUGUAGCCGAGGUGACAGUGGCGGGGUUGUUGACCAGCCCCCCACACCCACACAACUGCCAAUUUGAUGUUCCCCAAGUGUCCUUGGACCACUGCACUGCCCCGCCCGGCCCUGAGGCCCGCCACAAUGGCCCACCUGCCCUUUCUUGUGCAAUACCUUCCUUCAUCUCCCACCUUUGCCCGGGCUGCACCCCAUGCCAGGAAUGCCUUCCCUCCUCACUGUCUCCCUGGAAGUGAGUGAAUGAAUGCUUUUCUGUGCAUACUGGGUUCCCUAGGAAAGUGUAAGCCCCUGAAGGGCCGCGGCGCCCAGCCCAUUCACAGGCCCUUAAUAAACAUUUGCUGAAUGCA